UCCAUGUUUCUAGCUGUAGAGCAGGCAGGGGGUCAGCCCCCCCCCCCCCCCAUAGUUCAUAUUUCAGGACACAUGGCCUUCAUGGCAUAACAAGGACUUUCUUGGACCCCAAACAAAUAUAUAUUUGGAUCGACCAUUUUAUGAGGGUGGACUGUAUUCCGUAUCCGCAAUGCUGAAAGCCCAUUCAUCCGUGACAGCACUAUUGCGAACCACAGGAAUAAGCAUCAGACCAGAGGUCACCACACUAAGAAAUGUAGCAUGCAUGCAACAUUUGUUAGGGGCUGUGCGGUGGAAGAGCCAGCUCAGGCCCGCCCCAUUGUUAACAGCUCGACCCUCGCGUGCCCUCAUCGACGAGCAGAUCAGCAUCCAGGGGCGUUUCCUGCCCCCGAACUGUCCCGUUACCGUGCGGGCACACAUGCACAGUGAAGAAGGGGACCUGUGGGAAGCCUUUUCCCACUAUAACACCGAUAAGAAUGGGGUGGUCAACUUGACCAAGGAUCCCUCAGUAGGGGGGUCAUAUUUUGGCUGUGAACCAAUGGGACUGUUCUGGGCACUGCACCCUGCACCGUCUGCAAGGCAGGGUCUGAGGCUUAGAAAGAGAGACGUAGAGACCCCCUACGUGGUGCAGCUGUCCCUCUGGGAGGGCCACAUGACCUCGGACCAGGACCCCAUGGAUGAACAGCAUGCAGGUUGUCUGGCCGCUUUGAGUGUGGAGCGCUGGUACAUGGCUCCACACACGAGGAGGGUCGAGAUCCGCCAGAAUGGGGUUGUGGGAACGUUAUUCUUACCUUCUGGUCCGGGGCCCUUCCCCGCCAUGGUGGACCUCUGGGGCAUUGGAGGAGGGCUGAACGAGUACCGCUCUGCAUUGUUUGCAUCUAAAGGCAUUGCCAGCCUGUCUCUUGCCUACUUCGGACACAAAGACAUCCCUGGUCCACUUAAUCAAAUAAACGUUGGGGACGAUUACUUUCGGUCGGCAUACAACCUCCUCCAAGACCACCAAGAAGUCUGUGGGGAGAGAAUUGGCCUCAUUGGGCUCUCUUAUGGAGUCUACCUUGUCCUACAUAUGGCCACUCAUAUCGGCCUAAAACCAAAGUGUGUGAUUGGUAUCAAUGGACCAGUGGGAAGUAAUGACAAGUGGCCUAGCAUGAUGUCUGGAAGUAGCCCGAAGGCGGUUGAUGAACAUGGCAACUUCACUGUUAAAGAUAUGACGAUGCCUCAUAACAUUGCCAAAGACAACAAAAUUAAGAUAGAAACGUUGGAAUGCCCUUUAUUAUACAUAUUGGGUGAAGACGACAGCAACUGUGCAAGUGUGGAGUCAGCAAAUGAGAUUGGGGAGGUCCUGAGGUCCGCCGGAAAAGCUCAACUGUUCACCCGCUUGUCGUACCCUGGGGCUGGUCAUCUGAUAGAGCCACCUUACUCUCCAAACACAAGCGUUUCCCUUUGGAGGGCCAAACCAAAGAGAAUCAGAGCAUUCUGGGGAGGGCACCCUGCACCCCAUGCGGCUGCCCAGGAAGAUGCCUGGAAGAAGAUGUUUGAUUUUAUGGACUGUAACCUAAGAAGAUAAACCGAGAGGGCCCCAACCUCACACUUUGUGUUCUUCUUCUGAGAAAAGAAAUAAAAUUAAAGAAUAUGCAAAAGUAAAAAGUAUACCAAUAUACUGUACAACUACUAUAAAGCACUUUUAUGUAUUCCCUAUAGCUAUUACAUAUUGUUAUAGUUUUGAUUUAUGACAUAACUGGCAAGAAUUAGGACAGGCCGAAAUUACAGUUGUAUUAUAAUAACUAUGUAUCGAAUAUUCCACGAAUAAACAAUCUACAAAAGUUUGUGAAUGUCAAUUCACAAACUUCUAAAUUAAACAAGACAACCAAUUGUUAAUUCAGACCAGAUGAUUCUGGUCUGAAUUAACACAACUUCACAACUUUGAAAAAUUAAAUAAACUUGAGUUAAUUUGUGCCGAAA